AUGGGAAGCAGGGUGUGGUUUCCCACUCUGGGGCUGGUAGCCUGGCUCUGCUGCCUCAGUCUGGAGCCUGUGCAGGCAGGAAAAGUGCUGGCGAUACCUGUGGACGGAAGCCACUGGCUCAGCAUGAAGAUCCUGGUGGAGGAGCUCGGCCGCAGGGGCCACGAAGUGGUGGUGCUGGUGCCCGAAACCAGCCUGCUGAUCAAGGGAUCGGACAGCCACAAGACAGAGAUCUAUCAGGUGCCUUUCACCAAAGCCGAACUGGAUGAGAACUUCAACAGCCUGAGGGAGUCACUGUUCGAAAAGCCUCCAGAUAUCACUGAUCUGUUUGUCAAUGUGCAGCGGCUGGUCAACUUUACUUCGUUCCAAGAGAGAGGCUGUGAGAGUUUGUUGAAAAAUGAACCUUUGAUGAGUCGACUAAAGAGAGAAGGGUUCGAUCUGGUGCUGACAGACCCUUUCCUUCCCUGUGGAUCCCUCCUGGCUCAAAUCUUUUCCAUCCCAGCUGUUUACUUCCUACGGGGGCUUCCAUGUACGCUGGAUUUGAAAGCUAGCCGGUGUCCCGCUCCUCCUUCGUAUGUUCCUGUGUCUUUCUCGGGCAAUUCUGAUGUGAUGACCUUCCCGCAGAGGGUGAAAAACAUGAUGAUGUCUUUUGUGGAGUCGUACGUGUGUCACAUGAUGUACGGUCACUUUGACGAUUUGGUCAGGAGGCAUUUAAAGGACUUUCAGAGCUACCAAGAGCUUAUAAGCCACGGAUCUGUCUGGCUUCUCAGAUAUGACUUUACUUUUGAAUAUCCCAGACCUCUCAUGCCGAACAUGGUUUUAAUUGGAGGCAUCAACUGUGCAAAGAAGGCUCCUCUUCCAGCAGAUCUGCAGGAGUUUGUGGACGGCUCAGGAGAUGAUGGCUUCAUUGUCUUUACGAUGGGUUCGAUGGUCUCCGAUAUACCUCUGGAGAAAUCCAAGAAGUUUGUGGAGGCCUUCAGACAAAUUCCUCAAAGGGUUUUGUGGAGAUACACUGGUGUGUUGCCUGAUAACAUGCCCAAGAACGUCAAAAUCUUGAAGUGGUUACCUCAGAAUGAUCUUCUCGCUCAUCCCAAGGCUAAAGUGUUCAUGACUCAUGGCGGAACCCACGGUAUCUACGAAGGUAUCUGCAACGGAGUGCCCAUGUUGAUGUUUCCACUGUUUGGGGAUCAAGGCGACAACGUGGACCGCAUGGUUACCCGCGGGGUGGCAGAGACAAUGAGUAUAUUCCAUUUCACAACUGAAUCACUGGUGGCUGCAUUAAAAAGGAUAAUCCACGAUAAGAGUUACAAAGAGAAGAUGGCAACGCUGUCGGCGAUACAUCGAGAUCGUCCUGUCGAGCCUUUGGAUUUGGCUGUUUUCUGGACGGAGUUUGUCAUGAGACACAAAGGAGCAGAACAUCUGAGAGUCGCUGCACAUGACUUGAACUGGAUUCAGUACCACAGCCUGGACGUCUUGGGCUUUUUCGUCCUCAUUAUUACCUUUGCUUUGUGGCUGGAACUGAAAUUCUGCUUAUUUUGCAUCCGCAAGUGUGGCAGAAAGGGAACCGGGAAGAGAAAAAGGGAGUAGUGUUGAUGUCAGAAACAGUAGUUGAUACACUGUUGAUAGAUUCCUGCUUAACUGUAUGUAUGUGUGUGUGUGUGUGUGUGUGUGUGUGUGUGUGUGUGUGUGUGUCUUUACUUGUGUGUUGCUGAACCGGUUGAGUGUGUCUGUGCGUGUGUGUGUUUGCAAAAGAUGCUGGAACUGAUCAAAGCCAAUGAAGUUGUUUUUGAAAUAAAAUUGGAAGUGUAAAAGUAAUUUCUGUUGAAAUGUUUAAAAUAAUUUAUUUUUAUAAAGCAUGACUUGAGAGUUCUUUUCAUGCAGCACACAUC